AUGGUGAAGAAGAUGGUGCGAUUAGCGCUAGCGAGCGAGUUCUCGCGGCUGCCGAUCCGACGGUCGGAUAUCAGUGUCAAGGUGUUGGGGGAGCAGGGGACGAGGCAGUUCAAGACGGUGUUCGAGGAGGCGCAGCGCGUGCUGCAGGAGAAAUUUGGGAUGGAGAUGAUGGAGUUGCCGGUUAAGGAGAAGGUUACGGUGCAGCAGAGGAGAGCUGCGCAAAAAGUCGAAAAGCCGUCAUCUACGAACAAGUCCUGGAUAGUGACGACUACGUUGCCGACAAAGUACCGGAAGCCUGAGAUUUUGCUGCCUAGUAAAGCGCCGAUGGAGAGUACAUAUACAGGGCUGUAUAGUUUUAUUAUUGCGGUGAUUGUGCUUAAUGGGGGCACGAUUCACGAGCAGAAGCUGGAGAGGUAUCUUAAGCGGACUAAUACGGAUGCGUGGACGCCUAUUGAUCGGACGGAUCGGUUCUUGCAGCGGUUGUGUAAGGAGGGGUAUCUGGUGCGCAAUCGCGAUGUGGAUGGUGGGGAGGAGGUGAUUGAGUAUAUUCUUGGCCCGAGGGGGAAGAUCGAAGUGGGGACUAAGGGGGUUGCGAGGUUGGUUCGGGAGGUCUAUGGACGGUCUGAUGACAGUGAGAGGGAUGACGAGUUUGAGAUCCGGCUGGCGCGGAGUCUCGGGCUUAAGCAGCCGGAACCGCGUGCCCAGGAAGAGCAGGCUGAGGGUGGUGGUAGUGAUGGGGAGGAGGAAGAGGGCGGGAGGCAGAGGCAGAGGCGGGAGCAGCCUAGACGUCGGGUUAAUAGGCAGCUGCCUGAAUCUGAGCCUGAAGAGGAGAGUGAGGAAGAGGAGAGUGAUGAUUAA